GAAGAAGUAUAUAUGAAAAAAGAGGUUUUAUUUUCACUAAACCCUUGUCAAGUCAAAAGUCAAAACGCAAAACCCCAGUUUCUCGGCGUCUUCUUCUUUCCACCAAAGCUCCGCCAUCUCCCUCUCGUCAAGAAAAACUACGCUACAAGAUUCACAUUUCUUCUGCCAUGGCUUCUACUUCUGAAACAGGAAUUGGAGAAGUCAAUUAUUUGCACUAUAUGAUUUUGAUCGACUAUCCGAAAGCUCGUAAUGUUGCAAAAUGGUAUCAAGCAGCAUUUGGAGCUGAGAUGCUCCACCAACAAGUGAAUGCAGUCGGUGUCAGCAAUGGUAUUCGUUUACUAGGAACGUACUACUUGCGUUUUGGGCCAGUAGGUUGCUGCACAAUCCUAGAGAUCAGGGACUCGAUCAAUAACUCGAUUGAUGACGUGAGCCGUGAGGAACUGAAGCAAAGGAAAAGCAAUUCUAUUCACUGUCUCUGCUCUCAUAAUUUGGAUGCAUUGGUUGUUCGAGUUAUGGGUGCGCCUGCUAAGGCAAUAGCUGAACAAGUUAGGGGUUCCCGGGCUAUUAUGGUUCAAGAGACACAACACUCUUAUUGGGAAAUUAUAGACCCCUUCGGAUACAGUUGGUUUAUUGGGUCAAUGAACCAUGUACCAAAGACGGUAUUCGGUUUGAACCAAAACAGUGCCAACAACCAAAACAAUGAUGAAGUUGGUCAAGUCGACUCAGCACACCUGGUGCUUCUAAUUGAUUAUCCAAGAGCUCAAGAGGCUAAGGACUGGUAUAAGUUGGCCUUUGGAGCUGUGCCUCUUUAUGAAAAUGGUACACAAAUUUAUAUGCAAUUGGGACCAAUUGGCAACAACAGAGUAAUAGAGAUAAAGGAUGUAGAUCGUCCCCGGGUCGAGCAAGAUGAUUCAAUUGGGUUUUACUGCAUGAUCUCGGAUAACGCCGAUCUUUUGCACCAACAGGCUGUGAGUGUUCAAGCAUUUCAUCAAAAUACAGAACGAGUGGAGCAACUGAUCAUUCAUAAGAUUAGAGACCCUUUUGGGUUUAGUUGGUUUAUUCUGUCUACAAACCUUGUUCCACCACAGGUAUAUGCUUGAAUCCAGCAAAUUCAUGUGUUGAAGUUAAAAAGUUGGUUUCUUAUGGGAUUGUUCUGUAUAUAAUUACUUCUCACUUUGACAAAUUAUAUUAGUGUUCUCUAUCUAGUGUUGAAUGUCCUACACUGUAGGAACAUCACAACCAUUUAUGAAUAUGAUUUUGAAGGUAGUUAUACUAAAAGUCAAACAUGUUUAGUGAUUUAAUGGCUGUGAUUGAUUGAUAGAUUAAAAUUCUUUAGACUGACAAACAAUUAGGGGUAUUCAUGAGUAAGCACCAACCCGCGAACCCACUUACCCAACCCUUAUUUUUACCGAACUCAAUCAUGUACGGUUCCAAUCUGAACCAAUCAAUUCAAACCCAUUAGUAUUUGGUUCGGGUAACAUGUUUGAAGUUUUAAACCCGCGAACCCAACCCAUUGACAUGUCAGUCUAUUUUUAUUUUAUUCUAUUCAUAAAUUA